AUGCCUGCGUCUGCUCAAUCCCUCCAAGCUAUAUUCGUUCUCAAGCUGACUUUGUAUACCUCAUCAUUUACCAUGUUCACAGUAUCAGUUCUCUCCGCCCUCGUGCUGGCUUCGUGUCAACAAGCUCUAGCACAGUCCUGCUCUGGUUUCAAGGUCACCACCAAUUAUUCCGAUUUGACUUACACAUCCCUCAGUAGUCGCUCCUACAUCAUCAGCGAGGGAACCAUCUCCAAAGUCGUCAAUCUUCGCUUCAAAGAGACUUGGACAUACCCAGUGGCUACCAACCGUGGUGCCUGGUCGAUCGCCAAUGGCACAAAUGCUUAUGUCGCCUUCACUCCCAACACCAUAUGCGCCACGGGAAGACUCUCUGGCUGUCAAGGCAAUGAUCUGGAAGGGCAAACUGUAACGGCAUGCACACUGGAAGGCGUCAAGUAUGGAGAUGGGCUUGCUGGUGUCAUCCACGAAGUCGUUACAGAUAGAGAAAGCGCCGCAAACUUGACUUGCAAUCCUUCCAACACAACACAAGCAAUGAACGGAAACUACACUGGUAGUUGCACUGGUACUGAAGAUGAGAAAGGCGCUGCCAGUGCGCUUGGUGGGGUUUCUCUGGCCCUUUUAUCUGUUUCUUUGCUGUAG